CCUCGUCUUUCCCAGCGAGGUCUCAAAGCUUUCCAGCACGACCCUUUCCCCUUCUUCUCCGAUUACGAUUUUCAAUCGUAUCCUCCCUCAUGAUUGCUGGAUUAUGUCGCAUGCUGUCUCCGAUCUCCGACAUGUCUCUUAGUUAUCCUCAUCUGCUGUUUGGAGCGAUCAUAGAUGCUGCUGCCAACGAGUCUCCUACGGCUGUUCUACCUUUUGCGAGCUUGGUUACUCAGCUGCUUCAUCGUGUGGGAGUUCCUCUCACUGACUGUGUCUUUGCCACUACUGACUAUGUCAGUCCCACUCUUGAUGAUGUUCUCGGGGCUGUCGGGCUCCCCCUCCUCAUUGAUUUAACAUCAGGGGGAGAAGCCGCGGUGGACGCACCUAAUGGAUUCAAUGAAGAGGGAAUUGCUGAAGGCGGCGCAUCCGCGGAAAUUGCUGCAUCUGCUUCCACCUCCAUUCGCCCAUUCAAGCUUAAACAACAGGCCAAAGGACCUCGUCCUUCUAAGAAAGUGCUUAAGAAUCUCAAAGAACAGAAUGCGUCCAAGGGAGUGGUUAUGUAUGAAAAUUAGGAUCUUGAUCAAAACAAUUAAGAGCAAUAGUUUAGGGGGAGUUUGGAUUAAGACUCUUAGGGGGAGUAUCUGGGAAUUUUUUCGGCUUGUUUUUUUUUUUCGAGUUUGUCAAAUUAACUGCGAAUGGUCUCAAUAAUUCCCUAAGCUAUGCUUAGGAUGAAUGAAACUCUUAAAACCCU